UGGCCUAGCCUUGGAAGUGAGGUUGUAUUCUAUUGAUCACAUAGACCAACGAUGACACGUGUUGGAGGAAACUGCAGGGGCAGGAAUACCAGAGGCAGCAACCACCAGGAACUAUGCUGAAUGCUGGCUAUCAUGGCAGCUUUGCCUCCCAGCAACCAACUUGGCCACCUUCCUUCUCCAUAGGUACUUCUCAGGCUUCAGGGGGCUAGGCUCAGGGAGGCAGUUCAAGGUUGGCUUAGUGGAGGUGUGGUUUCUGACUCUUGGGAAAAUGUUGAAGUGAAGGGCUAAGAACUGUGUGAAGAAACUCAAUGAGAGAAAUUAAUACUGUAUAGUUUCUCCCAGCCUUCAUGGAUCUGUUUGGAGACAUAGAUGACAUUUCUUCAGAGAGCGAUGGGGACAGUGAACAAACUAUUCCAGGGCAGCCUGCUGAUGAACAUGGAGUGCCUCAGGACCAGCAGGAGGAAGAGCCGAUUUCUGAGACCAGAAUAGAAGUAGAAAUCCCCAGUAUCAACUCUGAUUUAGGAAAUGAAUUGUACUUUGUUAAACUACCUAAAGUUCUCAGCAUAGAACCCAAACCUUUCGAUCCUCAGUAUUACGAAGAUGAAUUUGAAGGUGAGAAAAUGCUUGACGAGGAAGAUCGAACCAGGUUAAGAUUAAAGGUAGAAAAUACGAUAAGAUGGAGGAAACGCCGGGACGAGGAAGGAAAUGAAAUUAAGGAAAGCAAUGCUCGGGUGGUCAAGUGGUCAGAUGGGAGCCUUUCCCUGCAUCUAGGCAGUGAAGUGUUUGAUGUCUACAAAGCCCCAAUGCAGGGCAAUCACAACCACCUGUUCGUUCGAGAAGACACUGGUCUACAGGGACAAGCUGUCUUUAAAUCCAAACUCACCUUUAGACCUCACUCUACAGACUGUGCCACACACAGAAAGAUGACCCUGCCACUUGAUAAGAGAUGCUCAAAGACGCAGAGGAUUAGAAUCUUACCCAUGGCUGGGCGUGAUCCCGAGUGCCAGCGCACUGAAAUGAUUAAGAAAGAAGAACGUUUGAGGGCUUCUACUCACGAGCCCACCCGUCUAUGGGAGAAGCAGGACCAGCAGGGGCUGAGUGCCCCCUACCAGGACCCUAACAGUGCCCAUGAGGAGGAGGAAGACGCCGAAGCCAUUAAAAACCAUUGCCAAGGGGAGCUCCCAGGAGCUGAGGCCUCUGGAAAGAGGAAAGUGGGGGGUGAAGAGGAAGAAAACGACUGAAGUAUGAAAUGUGCCCUCAUUGUAUA